GAUUCCUGUCGCAGUCAGAGCGGCUCCCACUUCCUCGGACUCGUGCAGUGGCGAAUCUUCAAAUCUCUGCUCGACAAACGAAUGCAGGGCGCACCACGUCAAAUGAAUGAUGUAGGUAGGGUAGCUGUAGCAGCGUCACAUGGCCGCCAAUUCUCUUUGACGUUAUGCCAAUGGUGCUCACCUUGGACUUGGUGAUGAGUCCAAACUGCAGCUGAAAGGGACAUCGUGAUUGCUGUCCAGAAAGGCGAUUGUAGAGAGAGAGUCGAAAGCACCUCUUGUUGCAUCAAGGUUGGUCAAUGCCUGGAGGGUUUCUAUGGUUGGUCCUCACUUUGUGAGCUCUGUUGUGUGUGGUUGGUUUGGCAUCGCGGCCACGUUUCGAUCUUGGAGCUCUUGCCGUCCUGUUUUCUGAAUCUUAGUCGAUGUGCGCUCUAUAAACAUGAAGCCUGCUGAGGAGCUUGCAUUGCUCUAAGUAGGAUGAACGGGGGCCUUGAGAGGAUGUCGCCUUCUGCUCUUCUGUCGAGCUUCAGCCCCUGGUAUCACAAGCUGACUCCGGUGCCAGAGGACAGCCACGUGGAUUUCUCUGAUGAUGAGCAACCUAAGGUUGUCAGGCAGCCCUUCAAAGGGCUCAUCAUCUGCGCCACGGGGGUCCCUAAAGAUGUUCGCAAGCAGAUGCGGGAUGUCACGGAGCGGCUGGGAGGGGCGUACAGUCCUGAUCUGCAUCGAGGCUGCACACACUUGGUCGUUCAGGGCACCAGCGGCCAAAAAUUUCGGCACGCAAUCAAGCACGGCGAGAAGUGGGGCCUUAGAGUGGUCACAAUGAGGUGGUUCCUGGUAUCUCUACAGUUGAACGUUCGGAUGGAUGAAAAUCCAUACAAGGUCAUAGUUACGGACUUUGCGAUAGAGGACAGCGAAACGCCCAAGACACCCCCAACUGACGACUGCACAGACAAGGUCCUCCAACCGCGACCAGAAAACUGCUCGACCGCAGGGGAUGUUAGCAUAGACAAGGGCGCCCGAGCCGUCCCUCAUGUACAGGAGCCGCUUGAAGACUCCAGCACGCACAGCGAUCUUAACCUGGCAUUAGCGCUAGUUCCUCGCCCCCCCUCGCUCGAGCUCGUCACCAUCAAUGGAGAAUCGGCCAUCGCUGAGGUUAAGGUGGAGGAAGUGAAGCUCUCAGAGGACCUCUUCAAGGGCUACUGCUUCUUCAUCGACCCCGAGAUCUCGUCCAAGUUGCUAGAGCAGCUGCGCGCUAGCAUAGACACCGCCGGGGGCACUGUUUGCCCCCAGUGGUUCAUUGGCUGCAAGGCAACGCACCUAGUCUGCGAGGGCAGCACGCUUAGAAAGUACGUGGGGCGGGCGGCAAAUGUCGUGACUCCCCUUUGGGUGCUACGCUCGGUGGAGCGGGGCUCGCUUCUGAAGUCGGUCCAGUUCUCGGUUGACAUGGGGCGCCAUUUGGCAACACUGUUAGGAGAAAACGAUGAUGGGCCAGGGAGACCUGCCACACGAGGCUCGGUUCAGCAGGGAGAUAGCCAGCCCUCUCCCAGCACCAGCGGUGCCCGGCAGCCGGGCGCCUCCCCGUCUCCUGCCGCUGUGGUCUCGGCGAUGGCGGCUGAGAGGCGCCGGCGGAGGGAGCAAGAGGUGCAGGAGAUGAAGGCAGAGAUCCGGCAAAGACGAUCAAAACGGCCUGGGGGCAAUGCAACCGGCCCCAAGUCCCUCUCCCCCCUCCAGCUUCUCGAGAGCGUCUGCUGGCGCGUCACCGACAGCCCCGUCACUGCGCGGGUCUACUGCGAUACUGACCGGGAGUCUUCCCCGGGGGCACAUUCACACCACGGGCAGCAGCCUAACGGAAACCGGGAGCUUUCUCCUGGGGCGCACGCAAACUACGAGCUGCAGCCCAACAUCGGUUGGCACAGCCCGAACGAGCAAACCGUCGCUCAGUGGGGGGAGGGGGAGCCUCAGGCCGAUUGGAACGUUCAAGGGGCUUUGGUGGUGUCUCCAAACGGGCUGUCUAAUCUACGGCAAGGCGCAGGGAGCGAAACUAGGUUGCGGGGCAUGAAAGAAAGCGAGCGCGCAGAGGUGGUGUUCCGGGGCCCUUUCCUGACGCUACUCUUCCCGGUGGAUCGCUUUGGAGAAUUGGGCCCGCGCUCACGCGGCUUCUUCAGCGAGAAAGGGUUCACGCGACAGCAGCUUCUGGAGCGCGUUCACACCUUCUACCAGGAGGGCAUGUCGGACGAAGAAGUCUCACUGGCGUUGCACACCGACUCGAAGCACGCCGACCGGCUGCGCGCCCUUUACGUGGCUCAGCCAAUGGACGACCGACAGCUGGCACGGCCCCUCAUGGUGAGAGGGGAGUUCCUUGGCAGUCGGCAGAACUUCGAAGGCCUGCAGAGGACCAGCCACAAUGCAAGUGGGCAAACGUACGAAGUGAUCCUGAGCGCAUGAUGGCGCUCGAGUUCAACGGCCACGAGGCUUUCUGGAGGAGGAAGCACGGAACUAAAAUGGCUGGAGGGCUUUCCGAAGAGGGAAGGGGCCGGUAACAACCGCUUUACUGAAUUGAUAAUUGACCGUUGUUAAUUAGACACUUGCUUAGCUUGUUGGUUGGCAGUCGAAACAGAAACGAGUCAUGUUAAACCUUAUGUCUUAAGUUAUGUGAACGCGUACAGAGGACGAGCCUAACCGCCACCCUUGAGGUGCCACACGAACUUACCCCGUGUAGCCCAGAAGAAUAAGUACGCCCCAAUAAGGGAGACAGUCAAUUGGUCACAGUUGCAACCUUAAUUUGUGGUAAGUUGUCUUCAUAAACAGUUCAAAUCAUUGAUGUUUUAGGGUCCUCUCGAGGUUCUAACGAAUAACUUCUUUGAUAUUAAUUCCUCAACGCAGAGUCCACCGGUCAAACCCGU